GGAUAUUGAUAACAUCGACCUGCUCCGGCCCGUGUCCACGGCCACGUCCGAGUCGACGAGGACCAGGUCUCUCUCGAGGAGCCGCAGUAAGUCGAGCAGCCGCGUGGGCAGCCCGACCCUGAGGUGUCUGACCCGCAAACCCAGGACGAUGGCCGAUAAGUGGAGGUCCAUCAAGAGAGAUAUGAUGGCCAACCUGAAGGCGGCACGACUCAAGACCGACAAGGACAGGGCCAGGUCGGAAAUCAGGCUGUAUGUGGCGUCCACACCAGAUAUGGCGGAAGAAAGGGAAUUUUUGGCCGAGGUAGCUUAUCCAGAACUUAGCAGAUUCUGUGAACGUCUUGGAAUGAACUGUCACGUGGUAGACAUGCGCAUUGGGAGUAGAAUGAGCAAUGAUUUUAUCACUCUUCAGCUAUGUCAGGAGGAGAUAGAAAAAUGUCGAAAUUUGUCAGUCGGACCUCACUUUGUGUGUCUGAUCGGAAACAACGUCGGUAAGCAGCUGCCUGGCUACAUGACUCGCGUGGACCUGGAGGCGAUCCGUGAGGUGUUCCUCCACGACAACCUACCAGGGGUGGAACUUCUGGACGAGUACUACAGACUGGACACCAAUCAGAUCCCACCCAUAUACAUGCUGGCAGAAGAGGAACUGGACAUGAGGCUGGACGCUGAUAUCUGUGUCGACACUCUGACAGAGUCACUAGACGCAGCCAUGGAGAAACUCAGGAACCAGGGAACCAUGGGACCACAGACGGAGAACUUCUUUAAAUGGACGACAAUAGCUAAAGAAAUAGAGUGUGGCCUUCUUGGCUGCAGACUGCCGCAGACACAGAUCCUGUGCAUGUUGAAAGGCAGUGAUGAUAAGAGCAUUCCGUGUGGGUCGUCACAGCUGCACGACAUCAUCAGCAGGUACUUCAGCUCAUACCACUGCGAGGAGAACAUCAUCAACCUGGUGAGAGGCAAACAGUCGAGUCUCACCUACAUGAGGAACAUGUGCACGACCUUCCUCAAUCACGUUAUGGAUCUGCUGGACCAAAAUUUAGACCUGCUCAAAUUCGAUCCUUCCGACCACCUGACAGAGACCAGCGAUCUCGUACAACACGUCCAUUUGGUGAACGUGGCUUGCAAGCAUUGGAUGCCUUUCGGUAAUCAUCAGCAGCUGAUGAAAAUUAGAGACGCCCUGGCCAACCCUUCGCAUAAGAAAGCGAUCGUCAUCACUGGAGAGGAAGGCUCGGGGAAGACGAUGUUUGCAUCUCACAUUGCCGACAUUGUCCUGAAAUGGAACGACAAGACCACAGUCGUUAUCAGACUGCUGGGACACUCGCUGAGAACGUCGUCGUUGUACCACACGUUGAUCAGUCUGUGCAAGCAGAUAGCUUUCCUGUACACGAUCAGUCUGCGGAUAUCUCCCCAGAUCACCAUGCUAGAGCUCAUCAAGCUGUUCAGACAGAUCAUCAAGGAGGCCAGCGAACAGAGAACAGGACCUCUUGUCAUCAUCGUGGACGCCCUGGAGAGACUGCCAGACGUGGAGCCACACUACCUAUCACCCCUCAUAGAAGACUUUCCACUGGAUGUGAUAUUUAUUCUCACUGUCAGAUUCGGGCAUCCUUACAUGACUCUUUUGAAAUCGUGCCCACAGACAUGUUUGUACCUCGCUAUAGAAGGCGUGUCUGGACCACAAAGGCAGAAGAUGAUCGAGAAAAUAAUCAAUGGAAAGAACCGAAAAAUUACCGAUGACCAGACGGUGUUAGUUAUGAACAAACUGUCACACGAAGAAAGCCCGCUUGUGUUAACAAUAUGCGCUGCGUUGAUAACACACUGGCCCUCGAGUGUUUUACCUCAGAUUAAUGGUCUGGAAACACUGGGCGACUGUUUUGACCAGCUUUUGAAUUCCCUGGAGAAUGAAACUGGUAAAGUGCUCACUAAGUAUACGCUCUGCUGCCUCCGCAGUUCUCGAUACGGUCUGGCACACUCCGAACUUCUUCAUCUGGUCGUCUCUCACCCAGAGGUGCUUAACGAAAUCCAGAGUGAAUACACAGAAAUCAGUGUUCUAGAGGGAUACCCGUAUCAGAGCAAGCUGUCGAGAAUCCUCUCGUACAUCGAGCCAUUCGUUAUCGCUAGUAAAGUGGAUGGUGAGAGUCUUGUCCGGAUUAAACACCAGUCAUUCUCUGACGUUAUUGAUAAGCGAUAUCUGACAGAUGGGUUUGCUGCCGACAUCCAUACACACAUGGCGACGUUCUUCCAGUUUGUCAAGACAGGCCUCUUGCUGACUGCGCAGGACAUUACAGAAAACAAAAAUUCGGCUCUUCUGGGACAGAACUGGAGGACUAUGAGGUCAGUUCCAUACCACUUGUGCCAUUCAAAUAGUAAUCCAGAUGAAGCAUUGAAGAUCUUAAAAGAUCAUGUUCUUUUGAACUUUUCGUGGAUAAUUAAUGAAAUAUAUGCAGGGUUCUUGAGCGAUUUCCUCUCUGACUGCAAGUAUGCGUUAAGAAUACAUAAGAUGGAUAUUGACAUUUUAGCAAUUCAGCGACUUCUGCUCAACUUGAGACUAAUCAUCGAGGAAAAUCCUUCUUCGCUAGCCACAAUUGUUUCCCAGUUUCCAGGGCAUACAUCAGCAUAUAUCGACGAGUUUAUCAAUCAGGCUAAGGUCUGGCUGAAGCAGGUGCACUCUCCCAUCCUGAUUCCAAGCACCACCACGAUGUUCUUUAGUGGCUGGUUCUGCAGUGGUCCGUUCAUCAAGAACUCUUCUAUGAUACUGGCGAGCAGCGAUUGGAGGUAUGCCGUGUCAUUUCGAGAUGCCAAGUUCGACAUCGUCGACGUCGAAACAGCAGAAUGCUUGGAGACUGUCGACGCUGUCCUGCACAGACCUCAGAUGUGGGGCAGCUACAGACUGACAGGAGUCAUGGACAACUCUCUGAAGACCUGGGACAUUCUUGGUGGGAAGCUUCUACGCAAAGUUUCACUAGGACCACACAGGAUCACGUGGGUUCAUGUCCGUGCAGACGGUGUUGUGUAUUUCGCCAUAGACAAAGAAGUGAAGUCAGUGAAUGCAUUAACUGGGAUACCCAUGUUGGUGCUACAAGAAGACGAGAAGAUAAGAGAUGCGUCAAUGUCGGAAAAACGCGUGCCACAUGUUGUUACUCUCCAAACACAACCUAACCUGACUGUCAACAUCUGGAAGGUAUCUGAAACCAAACCUGAACUGUUGGAUCCGGUCAUUCUUGAAACCAAAGAACUCUCAGACUACUGUAAGCCCGUCACUGUGACAAAAGACGGCAAAUACACGGUCAUAGUGUUCCAGACCGAGGCAACCAUCAUUGCCAAUCUGGAUCAGAUGGUAGAAUUUGAUGUGUCCUUUGACCAGGAGACAAUUACUAUAUGCAUGCUGACCAGAAGUCACGACCACGUGAUAUUUGCCACAAACGCUGGCCAGAUAAAGGGCUAUCUUCUGAACUCUGGUCCAGAAGUGUUCAGCACCGUGAUGCAAGAGACGAAAACGGACAGCAAGAAUGGGAAAAUCACGUCAAUGGUAACCACAGAAGAUGAUCACUUUCUUCUAGUCGCUUUAGCGUCUGGUAUUGUCGUCAUGUUCCACAUCCCAACCGACCUGCGGGUGCAUGCGGUCGUUGCAAGCAAACAAUCAAUCACUCAGCUUCUCUAUAUGACCAAUGAUACCCACUUCCAACACUUGAUGGCCCUGGACAUGGAUGGAACAGCUCAGGUCUACAACUUCCAGGACAUCCUGAGAUGUGCCAGAGAGAACCUUCUCCAGGUGAUGGUGGAUGAGGACCUGAUCAAGGAGGAACAGGCCAAGCUGGACAUACCAUCGUAUUAUACAUUUUUUGCCAAAAAUGGCCAGACAAAAAUUUUCCAGAAUGGCCCAGAUGUAUCAGCGUUCUACGACAAAGAAAAGAAAGAUGUGUUUGCAGAUAGAAAGGAGCUUCAACCUUCAGCUGAAAAUGUCGCUACAACUUGGGAACACUCUGGGAGAAUCCAGGACUGUGCACAUAUCACGCACGCAGUGAUGGCGCUCGGGUUGGGCGAUCUGCUGAUUACCUUCACAGAGGACAAGAAACUAGCCUGGUGGAACAUCGUCACAGAUUCUCUGCUGGCGAGCAGACCCGUGGCUCUCUCCGGGGUGUUGGAAACGAUGACGCCUGUAUUCUAUGACCAAGCGGUUCUCCUGACUAUCAGAGACAGCUCACAGAAGGAACACAUCAAGGUUAUUUACAGUCCUCAGCGAUCGAUAGCUCCUCUACAUAAAGACAAGAUCCUGGCGAGUGUGAUAAGCGGCGACAAAAACAAACUGGCUCUACUGACUUUCACUCACCAUGUGUUCUACUUCACCGUUGUUGAUCUCAGCAACCACGACGAGGCCGUGACUCCGCUCCACCUUGGUAACGUCGCCGGAGCCGUGUCGGCGAAUCGUGCCAAGUUCACGUUCACGCAAGAUCUCGACAUGAUCCUGGCGUACAUCCGAGCAGACGACAGGAGGACGAUGUUCGUCUGCUGGAACCUGCGACCUUUGACCCGGGAGUCGAACCUCUCGCAGACGUCAGACGAGAAGAGGCCCCAAGACGAGAUUCACGCCGAGAGCGUGAACGUUCUUGACAUCAGAGCGACGAGCGCCUUCUUCAUCAACACGAAGGACGUGGCUAUCGGGACGACUACCGGGGAGAUAUACAUCCUCGAUACGUUCUCGUUGAACAUCACAGAGGUGUUCACCAAGGAUUCCGUCCUCUCCAGCAAGACAUUUGCAGACAGUCAUCGUCGGUCUAAAAGCCACGGUCAACCCAAGCCACAUCGGUCGGCGGUGAAGCACAUGUACUUAACUCCGGAUCAAGGACACAUGCUGUCCAUUGAUUCCUACAGAAUAUGCGUGUGGAACAUGAAGAACCUGUUCAUGGCAUUCGCGACACCAGCCAGUGAAAAGAAUAUCUCUUUGCAGCUGAUGAACGCUGACCUGUCCCACGACGGAAAGCUGUUGGUCGGAGGUCUGUCUAACGGAGUUGUCCGUCUCUGGGCCGUGUACCACAAGCAGCUGAUCUGCACGUUCAGGAUUCCCGCCACUUUGAGUCACGUGUGUCUGACGUCAGACAACGGCAGAGUUGUCGCUCUUGUGUCCGACAACGAAAGAAAACACAUCGUUGUAUUUGAAGCCCGCAACGCGUAUGAAUACUUUAUAGAUCGGCCAGACGAUAAAGUGAUUAUGCCACCUAGCGGGAAGAAUAAUAUGUGAAGAAAUGUACGUGACAUAUUGAGCUUUCAUUACAAACCUGAAUGAUUAGUCGCUCCUGCUAUUUUUGUGUUAGUAUUAAACAAGUGCUAUAAAACUUCAUCUUCAUGGUGAAUAAUAUUAUCGACUAAGCAAGAAUGUCUGUCGAUGUCGGUGUGCCCAGGACAAAUGUUUCCAUAUUUUCGUGAAUACCAUUUAAAAAACAAAACUAAUAUAAUA